AUGCGGGUAUCACUUUUUUGCCGCUACGACUCAUUUAAAUCGAUGCAUGGAAAUAUCACGUCACUUUUCGCAUUGUUAAAGAGCCCCGAGUCCGUGCGACGCGAGGUACGUCAAUAUGUCUGCCAUGUCCCGCGGCGUUACAGGGACAGCCCGCGACAGAGAGGGAGUUGGGUGCGUGGCACACUCAAUCUUGUCUUUGAGGAGGCACGGAGGCGUGGAAGUUACGCCGUUGCACGGGCAGCAGUGGAGGUGACUCUCGAACAACAACAACAACAACAACAAAAACAGCAGCAGCAGCAGCAGCAGCAGCAAUUGACGAUGGAGUCAACGUGGGUCAAGAAUGCCCUUGCGGCCUGCCGUACCCCGGAGGAAUUGCGUGAGAUGGAAACGCUGCUCACCCAACAUCGUCGUCUGCUGGGCGGGAUGGGGGAGGCGGGGUGCCGAUUGACCCCCGCAGCGCAGAGCGAUGAUGCCGUGCUGCCCCCAUCGCUGCAAGAUGGAGAUAAUGGCGGGAGUGAGGUGCGUGGCACCCCUUCUCUUGUUGCCGCUGGCUACAGUACGGCGGCCCUGGCAACUUUGCGCCAGGGGCGGGAUCACGUUGUGACGGCACCAAAUGCCUCCUUUUCUCGUUAUUUUAUGCGCCAGGGACUUGUGGCGGAUGAGGUGGAGUUGAUGGAGCUUUUCAAAGCCAUGCGUGGUCGCCAGCCUGUGGGGUUCCGCGUGCACACCUCACAGAUGUACGGAAGAGCAGUGGAGUGUCUUUUGCGUGAUCGGCCAGGCAUAAAGCCUUUAUCAUGGCUUCCAUCCACGUGUGGUGCCUUUGUUCUCUUGGACACGCCAGACACACCACACAAUAUACUUCUUUCUAAUAGACAGCUGCUGCGUGCACUUUCAAACGAACGACUCAUUUCCUUUCAAUCGACAUCGAGUAUGUUGCCCGUGCUUCUUCUUGAUCCACGUCCCGGGGAAGCUGUGUUGGAUUUGUGUGCCUCACCAGGGAGUAAAACAACUCUUAUUCAUGACUACAUGUUUGGUAUAUCUUCAUCCUCUAAAUCUUUGUUGGCGACGGGUUGCAUUGUAGCGAAUGAUGCCGUAUUUUCUCGCACGAAGACGCUCUCACAGCGUCUGCAGAGUGUUUCACCGAGUAUUGCCGUUACGCAAAUACAGGGUCAAACACUCCCGGCACAACCCAUCGCAUCGGGCGGUGUUCGAUACGACAAGGUACUGGUAGAUGCCCCUUGUUCUGGUGAAGGCCGCAUGCAUAGGGAUGUCAUGUCGUGGCGCAUGUGGCACCCGUUAAAAGCCAUGGAAUUUUUUACUACUCAGGUGUCGCUUCUGCGACACGCGGUGGAGUUGUGCGCGGCAGGAGGGUGUGUGGUCUACUCCACAUGCACCCUGAAUCCUUUGGAAAAUGAGGCAGUAAUAUCAACCGUACUAGCCGAUGGUGAAGUGGAGCUGAUACGGCCACCACAUUUCAUGACGGCGGAUAGCGGCUGGCACUUUAGUCGUGGUUUGUCCCAUUGGCUUGUUCCGUCACGUGCAGGCGGAUUUUUACAUACGUUUGCAGAGUCGGAAGCAAAGGGGGAGGGGACCGCCGUGGAACUUUUUCCACCUGAGGGAAAUGGGGAGAUUCAAAAAGCUCUUGAAUCCUGCUGUUUGCGUGUUCUUCCGCACCGUAACAGCGGUGCGGAGGGCUUUUUCCUUGCUGCAUUGCGUAAAGUGCAGCACGGUUCAGCACCUUUUUCUGCGUCAUCCUCAAAGGAUAUUGUAAGGGAAAAGAAAGUUGCUCCCUCCAGUUGUCAGCUUGCGGCAGAGUCUAUUCUGCAUGCCUGCGGUGUAGUACGACUAUCGGCAGGUAACAUGUUGUUACAACGACAUCUUGGCGGAUUCUUUAAUGAUAGCGCGACACAAAUGGAGGAAUUUUUAACAAAAUGUGGCCUUUGCGCCGCUUGGAAAGAGACCCGGGGGCUUUUACUCAUUUCAGAGAGCACUUGGGAUCAUAUAAGGGCCAUUCCCUCCACUACCAACUUGUCGUCGUCAACGGCAGCAUUGCUGGAGCUGGGCGUUGUUGUUAUUGAGGCGGCAACAGGCGGCUUGACGGAGAGCGGUGCAUUUUACCUGCGGCGUCAUGCAACAUCGCGGGUGUUGCGCAUUCCCUUCUCGGAGAUGCAGUGGCUAUUGUCCCAUCAGGUACUGAAGAUAUCCGAGCUGCAGGAAGACCCUAAAGUGUUGGCGCGUCGAAUCGUGGGAAGCACGGCACCCAUGAAGCAUGAAGCUGAGACAGAGGAGCGUUGUGUGCCACUGCCGUGGGUGGCCCAGUUCUUUAACGCCAUUGGAUCACGUGAAGGGAACUUCAUUGUUUGUGGUUUUUCCUCUUUUGUGAAUAAGGAUGUGAAUCAUGAAAAUAAUGCGGAUGGCCUUGCAUCCAUCAGCAUUCCUGUGAUACUUUGUCGUUCCUCAACAGGAGUGGAGCUGCGUUUAUCCCUUUCACAGGAUGCUCGUCAGCGAUGUUUGGCAGUUAUUGGCCGUGUCAUUGGCCGCAAGAGACGGACUGGGGCGACAGUGGCGGCGGCUGCGGCGUUGGAAAAGGAAUACAUGCAAAUGGGGACGCAGUACAAUACGAGCAGGACGAUGGACAGUGCAGGGUUGGAGGGCCGACCACUGACGUUGCAGCGACAGUACCGACACCUCCACGCAUCGAAUUCCUUCGGGUCGUCAGCCCCAUUGUCUCCCCCGCUGCCCACGAAGACUUGUGCCGGCUCUACCACCAUCGACCAUAAAAUCAGCAACCGUAGCAGGGAUGGCGGUGCCAACGACGGUGAAAGCCUAAUGCAUCGUGUAAGAGGCGAAUACUUUGAAAUUUAA